AUGGCCAAAAUGGAGGUCAAGACGUCGCUUUUAGACAACAUGAUAGGGGUAGGAGAUAUGGUUCUUUUAGAGCCACUGAAUGAAGAUACUUUCAUCGAUAAUCUGAAAAAGCGCUUUGAUCACAGUGAAGUAUAUACGUACAUUGGCAGUGUGGUGAUAUCGAUAAACCCCUACAGACCUCUACCCAUUUAUACUCCAGAGAAAGUGGAAGAGUACAGAAACCGAAACUUUUAUGAACUCAGUCCGCACAUCUUUGCUCUGUCGGAUGAAGCAUACAGAUCCUUAAGGGACCAGGACAAAGACCAGUGCAUCCUUAUAACGGGAGAGAGCGGAGCUGGGAAGACAGAGGCGAGCAAACUUGUCAUGUCAUAUGUAGCUGCUGUGUGUGGAAAAGGGGCAGAGGUUAAUCAAGUGAAAGAACAACUUUUGCAGUCAAAUCCAGUUCUUGAAGCUUUUGGAAACGCCAAAACCGUGAGGAAUGACAACUCCUCUAGAUUUGGAAAAUACAUGGAUAUUGAGUUUGAUUUCAAGGGGGACCCCCUCGGAGGAGUUAUAAGCAACUACCUGCUAGAGAAGUCUCGUGUGGUGAAGCAGCCAAGAGGUGAAAGAAACUUUCACAUUUUCUACCAGAUACUGUCUGGUGCGUCGGAAGACUUCCUCUGCAAGCUCAAACUGGAGCGGGACUUCAGCAGAUACAACUACCUGGGCCUGGAUUCUGCCAAAGUGAACGGAGUGGACGAUGCUGCAAACUUCAGAACGGUCAGGAAUGCAAUGCAGAUUGUUGGUUUUAUGGAUCAUGAAACACAGUCUGUUUUUGAAGUGGUGGCAGCCGUUCUGAAGUUGGGAAAUAUUGAAUUUAAGCCUGAGUCUCGCGUGAAUGGCCUAGAUGAAAGUAAAAUCAAAGAUAAAAAUGAACUCAAGGAAAUCUGCGAGUUGACAGGUAUAGACCAGUCUGUACUGGAAAGGGCUUUCAGCUUCCGGACGGUUGAGGCCAAGCAAGAGAAAGUUUCGACGACGCUAAAUGUGGCUCAGGCUUAUUACGCCCGUGAUGCUCUGGCUAAGAAUUUAUACAGCCGGCUGUUCUCGUGGCUCGUUACCAGGAUCAACGAGAGCAUUAAGGCACAAACCAAAGUGAGAAAGAAGGUAAUGGGGGUGCUGGAUAUCUAUGGCUUUGAAAUUUUUGAGGACAACAGCUUUGAGCAAUUCAUCAUCAACUACUGCAAUGAGAAGUUGCAACAGAUCUUCAUCGAACUGACCCUCAAAGAAGAGCAGGAGGAAUACAUCCGAGAGGGGAUUGAAUGGACCCACAUUGAGUAUUUCAACAAUGCUAUAAUUUGUGACCUAAUAGAAAAUAACCAAACUGGAAUCCUGGCCAUGCUCGACGAAGAAUGCCUGAGACCGGGAACCGUCACUGACGACACCUUUUUAGAAAAACUGAACCAAGUCUGUGCUACCCACCAGCAUUUUGAGAGCAGGAUGAGCAAGUGCUCCCGGUUCCUCAACGACACCUCCUUGCCUCACAGCUGCUUCAGGAUCCAGCAUUACGCUGGCAAGGUUAUGUACCAGGUGGAAGGAUUUGUUGACAAAAAUAACGAUCUUCUAUACCGGGACCUCUCCCAGGCCAUGUGGAAGGCCAGUCACUCUCUUAUCAAGGCGUUGUUCCCCGAAGGUAACCCUGCUAAGAUCAAUCUGAAGAGGCCGCCAACAGCGGGUUCACAGUUCAAGGCUUCGGUGGCUACCCUGAUGAAAAAUCUUCAGACCAAAAAUCCAAACUACAUCAGAUGCAUCAAGCCCAAUGACAAAAAGGCUGCCCACGUUUUCAAUGACGCCCUGGUGUGCCACCAGAUCCGCUACCUCGGUCUUCUGGAGAACGUCCGGGUCAGGCGGGCAGGUUACGCCUUCAGGCAGGCGUACGAUCCGUGCCUGGAAAGGUACAAAAUGCUGUGCAAGCAGACGUGGCCCCACUGGAGAGGGCCAGCCAGGGCUGGAGUAGAGGUACUGUUUAAUGAGUUGGAAAUCCCUGAAGAAGAGUUUUCAUUCGGUAGAUCAAAGAUAUUCAUCCGCAACCCAAGAACGCUCUUCAAACUGGAAGAUCUGAGAAAGCAGCGGUUGGAGGACUUGGCUACUCUGAUUGAGAAGAUUUAUAGAGGCUGGAAGUGCCGCACACGCUUCUUGUUAAUGAAGAAAAGCCAGAUUGUGAUUGCUUCCUGGUACAGGAGAUACGCGCAACAAAAAAAGUACCAGAAGAUCAAGAGCUCGGCUAUCGUCGUGCAGUCUUUCAUCAGAGGCUGGAAGGCUCGGAAGAUUCUUCGGGAACUGAAGCAUCAGAAGCGUUGUAACGAGGCAGCCACGAUAAUUGCUGCUUAUUGGCACGGUACCCGGGCGCGAAGGGAACUGAGACGACUGAAGGAGGAGGCUAGAAAUAAACAUGCUAUUGCUGUUAUUUGGGCUUACUGGCUUGGAUAUAAGGCUCGAAGGGAGUUGAAACGCUUGAAGGAGGAGGCUAGGCGUAAGCAUGCUGUGGCAGUCAUUUGGGCUUACUGGCUUGGACUGAAGGUCCGUAGAGAGUACAGGAAAUUCUUCAGAGCCAAUGCUGGAAGAAAAAUUUAUGAAUUUACCCUUCAGAGGCUUAUGCAAAAAUAUUUCCUGGAAAUGAAGAAUAAGAUGCCGUCUUUAUCACCGAUAGAUAAAAACUGGCCGGUGAGACCUUACCUUUUCUUGGAUUCAACUGACAAGGAGCUAAAGAGGAUUUUCCAUUUGUGGAGGUGUAAAAAGUACAGAGACCAGUUCACAGAUCAGCAGAAGCUUAUAUACGAAGAAAAGCUGGAAGCAAGCGAACUUUUCAAGGACAAGAAGGCUUUAUAUCCAGCCAGCGUCGGGCAGCCGUUCCAAGGGGCUUACCUGGAAAUCAGCAAGAACCCCAAGUACAAAAAACUGAAGGACGCCGUGGAUGAGAAGAUCAUUAUUGCCGAGGUUGUCAAUAAGAUCAACAGAGCGAAUGGGAAGGCUACAUCCAGGAUUUUCUUAUUAACCAAAAACAACGUCCUUCUUGCGGAUCAGAAAUCUGGGAAUAUCAAGUCAGAGGUUCCCCUGGGAGAUGUAACCAAAGUGUCCAUGAGCUCCCAAAAUGACGGCUUCUUUGCAGUGCACCUCAAGGAGGGAUCAGGAGCAGCUGGUAAAGGAGAUUUCCUGCUCAGCAGUGACCACCUUAUUGAAAUGGCCACUAAACUUUACCGCACUACUCUCAGCCAAACCAAGCAGAAGCUCAACAUUGAGAUAUCUGACGAGUUUCUGGUCCAGUUCAGGCAAGACAAAGUGUGCGUGAAGUUCAUACAAGGCAGCCAGAAAAACGGCAACAUCCCAACCUGCAAGCGAAAAAACAAUCGGCUGCUGGAGGUGGCCGUCCCGUAACCGCGGCGGGCGGCUCUGCCUUCCACGGACUUCGUUCUUUGUAACAGUGCAAUCUGAGUUGCGUGGUUUUGCUGGUUUUUAUCCCUUUCUGGAGCUGUUGAUGGCUAACAGCUUCAGAAACCCUUGGCAAAACAUUCGAUCGAUCGACCUUUUAAUCUUUUUGGUCCUGCCGGAGUUUUAACCCUCGAAAUGCAGAGUUUCCCCCCAGCGAGGCGUUUCUACCUCAGCGGGCACGUAUCGUGCGUGUAGGAUUCGUUCCCUUUCUUUAGCGGCCGUAUUUUAGUGCCGCGUACCAUAAACCCGCAUAUUAACGAUCAAUUACUCAUACCCCUUAGCGUAGAGAUCCGCUUCACAGGAACUAUCCACGGCCUCGACGCUCGCUGGCCGCUCGUGCC